GUGUCUUCUAUCAUACAAUAUCAGAGUGGGAAGAGGUCUUAGAGAUCCCUGAGUCUUGCUUUCCCCAAACUAAUUUGGCUGAAGACUUUUAAGCAUGAAAUAUGUUGAUGGAACCCAUAAAUGCAGAGCUCCACAGUCAAGAGCAUGGCCACUGGGGGCCUCAGCAUGGGAAGCAGGGAGUGAGAAGUACACUAUGGAACCAGGGUUCAACCCAAGCAAGACCUAUGUGUAUGCUUAUCAAGGUGUGAUUCUGAGUGGGCUACCAGAAAGAGGUUUGGCUAGGUCAGGCCUGAGGCUCACCAGCAAACUGGAGAUCAAUGAAGCAUCCCAGAAGCUCUAUUUCCUCAAGAUUCAGUCUCCACGUCUGGAAGAGUACACUGGUAUCUGGCCUAAAGAUUCAUUCGUUUCCUCACCUGAGCUCACUCAGACAAUUGCAUCUGGCCUUAGGCAAAUAUUCAAGUUUGAGUAUAAUAAUGGACGCAUUGGCACCAUUUAUGCCCCAAAGGAUACCCCAGCUACCGUUGUUAACAUAGUAAGAGGGAUUCUAAAUAUGUUCCAUAUCACCAUCAAAAAGUCUCAUAAUAUAUAUUACUUACAAGAGGCUGGGAUUGGUGGUAUAUGUUAUACUAACUACAUCAUCCAUGAAGAUAAGAGAAAUAAUCAAGUUUCCAUCAUGAAAUCCAGGGAUCUCAACAACUGCCUGGACAAGGCAGCCAAGAAGACAGGAAUGGCUUAUUUACAUGUCUCCCCCCAAUUUGACAAGAAAGCUGGGAUUGUUAAAGGAACAGAGACAUAUGCCUACAAAAUGAAGUAUACUGGACUUGGGGCUUUGAUCACAGAAGUUACUGUUCACCAGGUGUACCAAGUCUCCCCAUUCAAUGAGGAGAAUGGGGUUGGAGUGACAGAAACUAAGCAAGACCUCAGCUUGAUUGAAGUGAAAAAUGAGCGUUUGAGCUCCCCAGGAGUUCGAAUGCAGAAUCAGGGAAGCCUUCAGUACCGUUUCUUAACCACCAGACACCAGAUGCCUUUCCAGCUGGUGAAAAUGAAUAACCCUAGGAGGCAGGUCACUGAGGUCCUCCAGCACCUCAUCCAGAACAACCAAGGAAGGUUCCAUGAAGAUGCUCCUGCCAAAUUUCUAGAGUUUAUCCAGCUUAUUCGGGCUAUGGAUGUUGGAAGCCUGGUCAGCAUUUGGAAGCAAUGGGAAGACAAGACUCAGUACAGGCACUGGUUGCUGAGCGCCAUCGCCAUGGCGGGAACCAAAGACAGCCUGAAGUUCAUCAAGCAAAAAAUUGAGAGUGAUGCCUUCUCCUUCUUGGAAAAUUUGCUGGCGGUUGUUUUUUCAUUCCAACUCACUACAGCCGACACCAGAGUCCUUCCCAUAGCUGCAGAAAUUGUCACCAGUCUUCGAAUACAGAAACAUACCUUGCUUCAAAAGGUUGCUCUCCUGGCUUAUGGUUCUAUGGUUCACAGGUCGUAUCUUUCCACUUCAUCAUCUCCUGCUGAAGCCCUUCAGGUACUCCAUAACUACGCAAAUGAGGCAAUUAAAAGCGGCCAGGAGGAAGCAAUGGUCACAGCCCUGAAGGCCCUUGGCAACUCAGGCCAAGCAGCUAGCAUCAAACGCAUCCAGAAGUACCUGCCGGGAUUCUCACCCUCUGCUUCUGAUCUUCCGGUCAGGGUUCAAGUGGAGGCGGUUAUGGCCCUGAGGAAGAUAGUCAGGAAAGACGCCUCAAAGGUCCAAGAAAUAUUUCUCCAGAUCAUCGCAGAUCGCUCCUUGUCACCCAAAGUCCGGAUGAUGGCUUCUGCUUUGCUAUUUGAAGGGCAGCCUCCUCCUUCUGUGAUGACCACAGUUGCCAAUAUCAUGCUGAAGGAGAAGGGCUUGCAAGUAGCCAGUUUCAUUUACUCCUACAUGAAGACCAUCUCCACAAAUUACUUCCCAGAUUGGGCUAACACGUCUGCAAUGAGCAACAUCGCCAUCAAACUCUUGAGUCCCAAACUGGACCAUUUGACUUACCGCUACAGUAAAGCUAUUCACGUCUCCCGCUUCUUCAGAGAGUAUGAUGCUGGUGCUUUCAUGAGAUUCUUCAUCUUAAACAGCCCUGAGACUUUGUUCCCAACAUCCAUCAUCUCCAGACUGGGGGCGCACUUUGCUGGGGGAGCCAUCCAUCUUGUAGAGGUUGGUAUACAAGCUGAAGGCUUGACAGAGAUUGUGAAGGAAACAAGCGCAUCAUUUAUGGAAUAUUCCACACACAGGAAGAUAAAGGAACUUGUAAAGACACUGCUGGGAUGGAAGGAGCUACCAGCUGUCAAGCCACUGCUGUCUGCCGAUCUAAAGUUGUUUGAUCAAGAACUUGCCUUUUUUGAUGUGGACAAGGGCUUUAUUCAGGACAUUCUGAAGGAGCUGGCUCAGCCAACAGAUGGAUAUAGCAUGCUGAAGAAAAUCCCUCAGCUCCUCAGUGGUAUCUCAGGCCAGUGGACUCAGGCCCUGGGCUUAGCAGAACUUUGGUACACCAUUCCUACUUCCAUGGGACUGCCCUUGGAAUACAGUUUCUGUGCUACUGCCCUGGCACACCUUUCAGCUAAUGUGGAUGCCAAAGUAACCCGUCCUCUAUCUGAUGAUUCAGUAACUCCUCAGUCAUCCAGCCCUAUAGUUCAAAUGCUUGCUGACAUCAAACCCUGUGUGUACUGGUACUCUGUGGCAGCAAUGAGCAUCAACACCCCUGUCUUCCAGUCUGGCAUUGAGCUCCAGACGAAGCUCCAGGCCACUUACCCAGUGAAACUGGACAUGAAGUUAGACCUAAAAGAGAAAAACUUUACGUAUGAAACCUUCCCAUGGCGCCCAGAGACUGAGCUCCUGAUGGCCAGUGCCGAGGCAUUUGCUACAUCAAGAAAGAGUUGGGAGUCAGAAACCGAAAAGAAGAUUCCUCUAGUUCCUGAGGAAGCAGAAUCUGAGAUCUCCAUGGGGAAAUUUGGUUCUGCAGAGACGACUUUUCAGCAAGGAAGGACUUCUGAAGCUAUCCCUCCCAAUUAUUCUGACUCCUCCGAGCCUGAGCUUCACCAUGACGAAAGUGGAAAGGCCCAUUUCCAAGAUGCGUGGCUCAGCCUGCCUUAUUUGGGUCUUCAUUCCUACUUCUCCAUGAAAUCCCUUAGUGCCGCAUCAUUCCAAGGCUCCAUUCUCCAUCACAUAGUGGGAACACAUGAGGCUUGGAUUGUAGCCAAACCAGAUGCUACUAUUGAGAAGAUUGGGCUGGACAUUGAAGCAGGACCUAAGGCAGCUUCCAGACUAACCCAGAUGAUGAUGUCCUUGGAGAACAAUCAUCCACUCACAGUAACUGGAAUAUUUCGGGUAGAACGCAGUGACCAUAAGCCUGACAGCUUCCAGUUUGCUGUUUUCACAAAUAAGCACUCCUCCAAAGCUGGGGUCCAGUUAUGGGUCGCUAAUUUCACCAAUAGUAGCCAAUGGAAAGCUUGUGUUGAUGUCACCUUGGAGACUUUUUACUUGGCAAAGGCAUCCCUGAAAUGGGGUGAGAAUUGCCAGGAGUAUCAAGUUUUGGGAGAGAUUGUGACUGGACAGUUUGCUAAUCGCUCCACUGUGCAAAUGAAGGUUUCUUGGUCAGAAGUCUCGGCAGAGGUCACAGAAAUUGGAAAAUGGUUUUAUACAUUCAUUCCUGGACUUCUCUCUAGAUUGGGAUUCUCUGAAAGAGCCUGGAAAAAUCCCCUUCAGAAGGCCAGCUUGACGAUGGCACUCACAACUCCCAGAAGUGGGGAUGUCACCAUCAGGCUACCCCAUGUUACUUUUUAUGGACACGACAUUGUCUUCCCUGUCCCACACCGUACAAGUCUACUGGCACCUGCUCCCAAGCUGCCUAUCCAGGUGGGGCAUUUCUUUGCACAAGUCACAAAUUCCAUUAUGGAGACUUUCCAAGCUGAUUGUUCGGUCAAUCGAGAGAAGAUCUCCACUUUUAAUGGAAUCCAGUAUAGCUAUCCCCUGCUUGCUGACUGCUUCCAUAUCCUGACCCAGGAUGCUAGCUCCGAGCUGAGGUUCCUGGUGUUGAUAAAGACAGCUGAAGGGUCUGCUGACCAAAAGGCCAUCAAUGUCAAACUGGCCAAUCAUGACAUUGACAUGUAUCCUGCUCAAGGACACCUUUGGCUUCAGGUGGAUAGCAAGGACACCCCCCUGAAUGGAAGCAUCAUCCUCUCUGGCAAUGAGUCACUUGUGUCCAUCAGGAAUGAAAGUGAGGGAUUCUCUCUUUCUGCACCAGAGUAUGGUAUUGAAAAACUUUAUUAUGAUGGAAAAACAUGUAAGGUCCAUAUCCCUUUCUGGAUGAUUGGAAAAACACGUGGCUUGUGUGGACAGGCAAAUGCAGAAACCAUCCAAGAAUUCCAGAUGCCCAGUGGCUACAUAGCUAAAGAUGCUGUGAGCUUUGCUCGAUCUUGGGUUCUGACAGAUGGCCCCUGCUCUAGAGAGUGCCAGGAAAGGAGCGUCCUCUCCCAGUCUGGAUUGGUACCUUCUCUACAACUUGAAAUAAAUAAACAAAUGAAUGAAUGAAUGAACAACGACAACGGUGAUGAUAGCUAACGUUCACACAGGACAUAAGGUUCGUUGGCUAUGACCAUCGGCAAGGUAGGUGCUAUCAUCAUCCCUAUUUUGCAGAGAAAGCAAUCUAGCUUUAGAGACAUUAACUCUUAGAGCAUUGAUUAGGCUACUGGGGGAGAAUGAUUUUCUCAAGAUCACAUGGCUAAUAUGUGUCAGCAGAGGAACUUGAACCCAGAUUUUCCUAAUUCCAAGGCCAGCUCUCUUCCCCCAACUUCACCCUACUCCUAUCGCUGUUGUAAUUGUUAUUAAUUUACUUUCAUACUAGGGUCCAAAGAGAGCUCUAGAAAAGCUCAUGGACAGAAUUCUUAGACUCAUCCAAUUUCAGAGUUGGCAGGGAACAGCAUCCAUUCAUUCAACCAAUAUUUAUUGAGUCAUAUUGGGUAUGACGUAUGAGAGAAAUCUGACCUCAGAAUCAGCAAAACCUGGUUUCAAGUCCCUCUGAAACAUAGGAGAGAGAUGCUAGAAUUAGAGGAGCUGGAUUCGAAUUCCUCUCUUGGCACUUUCUUCUUGUUUGACCCAGGAGAAGGUCACCUAACCUCCAUGAACUUUGCCAGAGAAGAAGGUUGGGGUUAGAUGGUCUCGGAGGUACCUUCUAGCUCUUGCUCUAGAGUUACAUUUCUGGAGAAGUGACCGCUUCUCCAUGCAUUUAAUAAAUGCUUAUCAAUCGAUUGAGCAGCUAUGUGGUGCAGUGGAUUUAGUGCCAGGCUUGGACUCAGGAAGAUCCAUCUCCCUGAGUUCAAAUCUGGCCUCAGAUGCUUACUAGCUUUGUGACUCUGGGCAAGCCACUUAACUUUGUUUGCCUCAGUUUCCUCAUCUGUAAAAUGAACUGGAGAAGGAAAUCACUUCAGUAUCUUUGCCAACAAAACCCCAAAUGGGGUCACGAAGAGUUGGACAUGACUUAAAAAUGACUGAACACACACAAAACUGUCAAAGUCUUCUCACCAUGAAUUCCCUAUGACAAUGAAAUCAGAAGGCCAAUUUAAAAAAAAUAACAUAUUAGAAUGCUGUGAGGAGGCAAAGAAGUAUAAGAUGUGUCCCUUGCUAAGAGGCUUACAGUCUCAGCAGGCAGGCAUAUAGAAAAGAGAAAGCCCUUUUUAAAAACAACAGCAAACAAUUUGUGAUUAAGGUAGAAAGAGUCACCUUGGAGUUCUCUUGUCUCCAUUGGUCCCACAACCAAUCAGUUGACAGAUCUCGUGUACUUGACUGUCCCAUUAUCUCUGGCUUCCUCCCCUUCCUUGUCAUUCCCCCACAUUAACGCAGCCCUUCCUUACCUUUUAUUUGCACUCUUGGCCAAGCCUCCUGAUCAAUCAGUCUCUCCUCCUCACCUUUGAUUUCUUCUAAUCCAUCCUACGCACCCCUGUCAAAAUUAUCUUCCCAGCACAGUUCUUUGUAAGCUGCUUGGAGCCCAGACUGUCAUUUUAAAAAAUAUUACAUGCCAAUGCCUAGUACCAUGCCUUGCAUAGAACUGGUCUGCUGAAUAAUGAGUGUGGUGUAGAGAGCCACCGCAAGACCUGGCUUGAAUCCCUCCUCAGACAUUUAACUUGUGUGCAACCCUGGGCAAGGCACCCAACUCUCUCAGUUAGUUUCCUCACCUGUGCCAUGAGAGUGAUAAUCCUCUCAGAGCUGUUGGGAGGAUUGGAUGAGGUGAUCUAUGUAAAUGAGGUGAUGUACAUAAAAUAUUUUAAAAUGAGGUAAUAUAUGUAAAAUAUAAAAAAUCGGUAAAUGAGGUAUAUAUGUAAAGCACCAAAGAGAGAGAAAUUAAGUCACUAUAUGACCGUUUGUUAUUAUUAUAAUUGUUGUCAUUGCUUAAAGUUGUUAAGGACUUUAAUACUAAUGAGAUUUUAUAUAUAUGUGUGUAUAAUUAGAUAGUGCUUUGCCAUCCCUAAAGUGCCAUAUAAAUAUUAGCUAAUAUCAAUAAUAAUUAUAUUAUUAUAAAAUAAUAAUAAUCAACAAUAUUGGUGAUAAUAACAUAGCUUCUCUGCCAAUGUCAUAGGAUAGCAGAGAUAGAGUCAGGAAGACCUGAGUUCAAAUCCCCCCUCAGAUACUUACUAGCUGUGUGUUCCUGGGAAAGUUCCUUAAACCUCCCUCAGUCUCAGUUUCCCCAUCUGUAAAAUCGGAAUAAUAGCACCUGCCUCCCAAAGUUGUUGCGAAGAUCCAAGGAGACAAUAACACGAAGCCUUUUGUGAGCUUUAAACUAACUCUCAGUCAUUAGCGGCCGCUUCUACUGUUAUUAUCAUAGAGAACCUCAUGAAGGAGCUUGCUCAAUGCCGUCAUUGUAAGCAGAGGACAAUGUAGAACCACCGAGUCAGUGGCAGUAUUUCAAACUCAGGUCUUCUGAUUCAAAAUCCAGGGUUCUUUCCAGAACACUUGUAAUGAAAGGCAGCUAGGUGGCACAGUGGAUAGAAAGCUUGACUUGGAGUCAUGAAGACUUGAGUUCAAGUCCUGCCUUAAAAAAUGGCUUGCAUUGUGAUGCCCGGCAAAUCACUGAACUUUUCUUAGGCUUGGCUUCUUCAUCUGUAAACGAGGGAUGAUAGCGGUGAGGAUGGAAUGAGAUCCUAUCUAUAAAACACUUUGCAAACUUUAAACCAGUGUGUAAAUGCUCGUUAUGGUUAUAAAACAAUAUUUCUAUAGUGCUUUACAAUCGUAGAGUCCUUUGCACGUACGAUCACCGUCCACCCUUCCCCCACCCCAAGUGGGAGAACGCCUGGCACGUAUCAGGUCUCUUUGGCUUUGCCAAGGCUGCCCAGCCUGUGCCCCAGUGUGGUUGAAGCGUCAUCGAGUACGGGGUCUAACUCUGGACAGGUUGCAAGUACAAAGGCUCUGCCCAUGGGGGCCCCUGCCCAGCAGGGUUUUGCUGCUGUGGCUUUUGAAAUCACAUCAAAAGCCAAGUAGGCAGGGAGACAGGAGGGGGUAAGGAAGGAAAAGCGAGAAAAAUCUCUGGAACUCACUGAUGGUUUGGUUACAGCUUGUUCCUUUCAACACCAAUUCGUGAGACUUGAGAAGACAAUUUACCUUCAAGGAGAAAAUUCCUCCUGCUCCUCCGUGCAGCCGGUGUUGAG